CACUGCCGCUGCGCACAUCGCAGGCAGGUGACAGAUCGACUUGGAUGUAAACAGCCGUACAAUAAACCUGCUCCUUUGCUCUACAUCGCUGUUUGAGGAUUGCUCAUAGAAAGUGAGCACAAAUCCAGGAUGGUGAUAAAAUGAUGACUGGACGGAGAGAGCAGUCUGUUGAAGGGAUCGUCCUCCAACGCCAGACGGUGAAAUAACAUAAACUUCCACACAACAACCGGAAAUGGCGAGUGAUCGGGUGGCCAUCCUAACGGAUGAUGAGGAGGACCAGAAAAGGAAAUAUGUUCUGUCUGAACCAUUUAACACUCUGUCCCUGGGGCAGGUGGCAAACACUACACCAUCCGGUCAAACAGCACCGCCUGCCCCCACUGACACACACCCUUCUCAGCCCUCUCAGAAUAUGGACUGCACAGAGAGGUGCUGUGUGCGAUUAGACAAUCAUCUCUUGAUAUCCAAGGUCUUCUACUUCUUCUUUUACUCCGCAUAUGGCUCUUUACACCCCCUGCUUGCUGUGUACUACAAGCAGCUGGGAAUGACAGCCAGCCAAAGUGGCCUGCUAGUUGGGAUCCGUUAUUUUAUAGAGUUCUGCAGUGCGCCUUUCUGGGGAGUAGUGGCGGACCGCUACAAGAAAGGGAAGGUGGUGUUGCUGUUUUCUGUACUCUGCUGGGUGGUCUUUAACUGCGGUAUCGGCUUUGUCAAGCCAGCAGCUAUGACCUGUGUCAGUAAGGACCCUACUGUUGUGACACCAAGCAAUUUUACAAACUAUACGCAAACUAGUAACCAUACCAGACAAAGAAGAUACUUGAUUGAGGAUGUGUACUCUGCUCCUCAGCUUUCUCAGCCAAUAUUAGCAGCUUAUGAACCUCACUCUAGAUACAUUCGAAGUGCAAGUGUGAAUACCACAAGCACUCCCUCUGGAAAGUCCACAGAGAAUCCUGUCGGCAUUACUAUGCUGUCUAACUCAUCAACAGCGUCGCCCCGUACCUCGACAGUAACGUCAAAAUCUACCUCGACAAUUGAAACACAAGCUACCACUGCCAAACUCAAGAAUGUCAUAGUCUUUAAUAAGGAACAAGUAGAUACGAUAUUUCUCUUGAUCCUCUUGGUCAUUAUCAUUGGUGAGUUCUUCAGCGCCCCGGCUGUGACCAUUGUGGACACCGUCACUCUUCAGUACUUGGGACCACACCGAGAUCGUUAUGGGCUCCAGAGAAUGUGGGGAUCUCUGGGAUGGGGUAUCGCUAUGCUGUCAGUGGGCAUUUGGAUCGACCACACGCACAUCACUAUCUUCAUCCAGGGCUCGGGUUGUGACCUGCCCAUCUACAAGAACUACCAAAUUGCGUUCAUCGUUUUUGGAGUCCUGAUGAUGUCAGCGCUGAUAGUGGCGACGCAGUUCCACUUUGACAACAGGGUUUAUCAGUCAGAUGAGGAAGAGGACAAGAAGGAGGAUGUGGAAAUACCUCAAGUCGUUCAGGAAGUCUCGUCUCCAGAGUCCAGCCCAGAUGAUGCACCUAUUUGCCCAGAAAGCAACCCGCAACCUUUUCCCUUCAAAGAUCUCUUCCGGACCAUUUGUGGCAUCCAGUAUGGUACGGUUCUCUUUGUGGCCUGGUUCAUGGGGUUUGGUUACGGUUUCGUGUUCACCUUCCUCUAUUGGCAUCUGGAGGACCUGAAGGGCACCACCACUCUCUUUGGCAUCUGCUCGGUGCUCAGUCACGUGUCUGAGCUGGCCGCUUAUUUCAUCAGCCACAAACUCAUUGAGCUUGUUGGACACAUCAGAGUCCUUUAUAUCGGACUGGCCUGUAACACCGCACGCUAUCUGUACAUCUCCUACCUAGAGAAUGCAUGGAUAGUUUUACCCAUGGAAGUACUUCAAGGUUUGACACAUGCAGCAGUGUGGGCGGCAUGCAUCUCGUAUUUGAGCGCUGCUGUUCCUCCAGCUCUGCGCACGUCGGCUCAGGGGAUCCUGCAGGGGCUGCACCUGGGGCUGGGGAGAGGCUGUGGAGCCAUGCUGGGAGGGGUUUUUGUGAACUACUUCGGUGCUGCAGAAACCUUCAGAGGCCUCGGAAUGGCCUCUCUGGUCACAUUACUCAUCUUCUCUCUGAUACAGUGGCUGUUAGGUCAGAACGAGGAUAAAAAGGGCUCGAUGUUGGCUGAGAACAUCCCAGUUCCCUCCAGCCCAGUGCCUAUCGCCACUAUUGACUUAGUCCAGAACCAAUCCGCAUCUCAGCCAAACCCCGAAUCAAAGACGCCUCCUAAGAAAACCAGGAAUCAGGAAGAGCAAGAAGAUGCUAACAAGCCGGCCUGGGUGGUCUCUGCUUCCCCCUGGGUCACCAUCGCUUUCGCCCUCUAUCAGAUCAGAGAUAGGGUCGCUUUGUCAAAGAACGACCCCUGUGGUGAAAGUCAAGCCCCGCAGGGGAAAGGUGAGAAAAAAUCUGUCUUUGCACUUUGAUUUGUGUACACAAAAAUGCAUGCAGUCCUGUCACUGUUCCUCUCUCAUUCUUAAUGUAUUCUUGGAUCAUUUACGUAAGUCUUACUAACACCACUGUACAACCCACUUCUUACCAAAAAUAAACGCUUCUCUGUUGUCAGUUUUGUUUGUCUGUUCUUAAAACACACUUCUGUGCUUCAGCUACUUUGUGUCCAAAUUUCUCUUCUCUGCAUGAGAGCAUUACAUGUCAGGGCUUCAGAUAAAGCUCUUUAUUGUAACAUCAACUGAAAUAUUUGUGUAUUUUAAUUUUUGAGCAAAUGUUUAAAAUCAGGAAAUGCUGUUAUAUGGAUGUCUGUGUGUAUGUUUGUUGCAUUUGGCGCAUUGUAGAUGACAAACAAGAACUA